AUGGGCGGUGCACACAAUGUUCCUAUGUGGUUAUCGUUAACAUCACUAAACCACAACAUGCGAUCACACUCGAUUCUGGUGUACCUUCUUCUCCUUCUUGCAUUCGCCUCACAUCGCGCAGCUGCUACCGUAGUGACAGAUAUCGAGACAGCGCGGAAAUUGGAGGCGGACUUGUUCGAGGUGCCCGACCACACGGAGGGUGAGGAAGUGACCGAAGAGAUGGAGAACAUGGAGGAGGAAGGAGAGGAGUUGGCUGAAGGGCCCGAUGAGACUGAUAGACAGGGAAGUGUCCUCAUGUCGGCUGGAUGGCGUCGCAUCCGACGGAGUAUACGUAGACGUAUUCGAAGCAUCUUCAGAAAGCCUCGGCGAAUCUGUUUCCCUUACUGUCCAAAGGGUCCGAAGAAAGGACCGCCCUACAACGAAAACGGUUUGGCCAUCACCUGA